CUGCUAUUUUUAGCUGCGGCAAACAGAGCCCUAAAAUCUGAGCGGGAAAAAUCGUUCUCCUCUGUUCAUGACAGACUUAUUCGAAAUUCGGAGAAAUCUCGGAUCACACAGCCUCUCCUUGAUCGAGCUCAUCGCUUCCUAGAAUCAUUCGGAAAGAUGAACUCCAUGAAACACAGUUUCAAACAUAAUAGCGAUCAAUUUGGUGUUUCUUCUCGAAUGAUUUCAAAAUUCAAAAGAUAUUCUCAAGCUUCUUCACAGAAGCCACCAUAUCUACCCCAAUUUCCACCAUUUUCGACAAAAGACGAUGGCAUUAUGCGCAAUCCAUUCUUCAAAUCUCCUACUUCAUCUACCAAUCCAUUCCCGCUAGAUUCUCGGGCGUUCUUUCUUGGUCGACCUUCUCUUCCCAAUUUUCCACUACCUGGUUUGUCCUCUCAGGAGAGCCAUUUACCAUCCAUGUCACCUACUAACUCAUCAAUUUCAAACCCAUCAAAUUUACUAGCAGAGAAGCUUGCAUCUCAGCUGCUGUCAAACACUUCACAAAUUUCUCCCUCUCAAAGCCAAACCACUGCUCAAGAUUUGUCUGUAAAAUCAAAUAAUUCACCCACUUCAAUCACGCCAAAGCCUAAGGAUAAUAUCUUGAGCAUUGAUAAAUUACUUGGUAAUACUAAUACCGAGAAGCCUCACGAACGUCAAUCAUCACCUUCUUCAACACUCUCGGCUGCUAUUUCACCGGAGCUCACAAAUAACUUCAAGUCAAUCUCGCAGAAUGAUAUACCAAGUUCGCUAGCUCAAGGAAUGGCUGCCGAACUCUUCAGAUAUCUCCAAGCUAAUUCCCUUCCACCACUCCCUCCAAUACCUUCUAUAUCUCCAAGAAGCAGUUUCAUUCCACCUCCUCCCUUGAAUUGGAUGAAGUUACUGCAUCAUCGAACUUAA